GGUUCUAUUCAUGUUUUGUCAGAUCAUGGCUAGCUCCGAGCUAAACGUGGGCAACAUCGAUGGUGUUGAAAUCCUGACACCAUUGGAAGACCAAUGCCUCUCCGCCCUAAACAAUACCCCCAUGGACUUCUCCCUUUUAACAACGUCUCAGCUGGGCAUUUCCCCACAGAGCUUUACCCCAUCUUCCAGCCGCAAAGACAAGUCCCGCUUGGCCCAGUUGAAAUUGAAACGAAGAUCCAAUGUCGGUGUCCGUGGCUCACCGGAGACGAACUCUCUCAUCCGAUACAUCGCUCAGCAGAGGAUGAUGAAAACUCCACCAGCAACUACCGAGUCUAUCAGUGCGCGCCCCUCUACUCCAAGGGUCUCCAAGCUGAAGCAGGAGAUGGCCAUCUUCCAAAGCCUUCUGUGUGAAGAGGAGGAAGAGAUGCCUGAAAAGAUGCCAAGGCAGGAGAAUCCAUUAGCGGAAUGCAUCAAGACAAGAAAGGAUCUGUCCGAUGGGAGGAGUCGAGACGCGUGGAAGGAGAACUGCCCGCCCCCCAUGACCCCCCUGCCCAACAAGAGGUGGUGCCCUGGCCUCCUCUGUGAGGGGGAGAUUAGGGAGGCCAACGCUCCUACCCUCCAGCACAGCCUGCUGAAGACACGUGAGGAUGCAGUUGACCAGGACAGAGCACAGCUACCGCCUGGGCUUGAAGUCCCCGUGAGCCCCUCGCCCCCCCAGCCCCCUCCAACACACUCUCCUGCCAAGGAGCAGCAGGACAGCUUCCCCGAAGCGGGGGCCGGGCCGGGGGACGCCGGGCCGCCUCUGCCCCCUCCGUUCUGUAUGCCUUCAUCCCCGGAGCCCAACCGCAAAGAUGGCGAUCCCUCUGCUAACUCCGCCGUCCGAAAGAAGCGCGUUCGUUUCGGUGCUCCCCUCUCGCCGGAGUUCUUCGACAAGAACCUGCCCCCCAGCACCCCUCUCCAGAAGGGGGCCACGCCGGCCCGCGCGCCCCCGCCGUCGGCAGGGGGGUCCCAGGUGCGCUCCGUGCUGAAGACCCCCCAGAGGAGCCAGUCCACCUCUGCGCUCCCCCAGCUUGACUUCAGCAGCCCCUCCGGGGCCUCCCCAACUCUCAGGAGGGGGCCUCAGGAGACCUGUGUGGGCAGGGGGGCCGGCGCUGACACCCUAGGAGAGAUUGCUUUCACCAUGGAUGACAGUGAAAGGUCAUUGGUGGAGGAGACAGACGUGACCUGGGAGACCCAGCCGCUGGACUUGAACGCAGCAUUCCGUGAGGUUUCGUUUACGGAGGUCUUACGAGUAUAUCCACCCUCGGAGCUGGAGUCUGACUCCAAUCCUGCCACAAACCCUGUCCUGGGGCCUGAACCAGGGGAUGUGGGUGCCCCUGUCCUGGGGCCUGAACCAGAGGGUGUGGGUGCCCCUGUCCUGGGGCCUGAACCAGAGGGUGUGGGUGCCCCUGUCCUGGGGCCUGAACCAGAGGGUGUGGGUGCCCCUGUCCUGGGGCCUGAACCAGAGGGUGUGGGUGCCCCUGUCCUGGGGCCUGAACCAGAGGGUGUGGGUGCCCCUGUCCUGGGGCCUGAACCAGAGGGUGUGGGUGCCCCAGCCAGUUCUAACAGCAGGAAGAGGAAGCAGCCUGAGGAGGUAGAGCCUUUGAUGAAGAGGUCAACACGAUCUGCUGCCAAGUCUGCGGGUGUGAAGUUGAAGAAGGCGUCGGCGAGGCGAGGCUGGGGGUGUAAGGAGGUGGACCGCUCGCUGUACGGCUCCAGAGCGUACGCCUCCAGGGACCCGGCGCUUAGCCCCAUCACCGAGACCCUGCCCUCCGCCAGCCGCUCCCCCACACCCCAGCGGCCCCGCGCCAGCACACACACAGACAAAACCCAGGAGUCCGACCCUUCGCCGGCUCUGGGUGACGUCAUCAUGGCCGCCAAACUUUGGCGCGAGCGCUUCGGAACCUCGACCAAUGAGAGCACGGCGGGAGCUCCCGACCCCUGUGACGGAGAGCUGGAGACCCCUGCGCCUUCUGGCGCCUUCUCUACCAGGAGGACCCCCAGGAGGGGGUCGGGGCCCAGGACCGAGACCCCGGGGAGGGGAAGAGGUCGAAAGGUCAGCGUCCCGGCCGAUCAUUGGCUGAGCGAAGUACCCGAGGGCCAAUCGGAGAGCCACAGCGAGCAGCCAUGCGGUGACCAGACGGCAGCCCUGGAGGACGCAGGUUCCAGCCCUCCCUCUCGCACGCCAGCCCAGGAAUCCCCACCACCCUGCCCCCCCUCGGGAACCACCGACCAGGAAGCAGACCCAGAGCAGGCGCCGGUCAGCCUGGUAAAAGAGAGGCCCAGCCAGAGGCGGUUCAAGGCUGCUAGGGGGCGCUCUCGAGGCAGGAAGAUGUCCCCGCUACCCCCCAGCACCAUCGGCGAGGAGCUCACAGCCCAGCCAGGGGAGCCCCAGCCAGGGGAGCCCCAGCCAGGGGAGCCCCAGCCAGGGGAGGGCGUGGAGGGGCGAGGGAGGCCCCACGGAGCCAGCCAGGCAGAGGACGACCCCCACAGCUCGGAGGGAUGCGCGUCUGACGGGCCGGACCCCUUCCUGCCCGCCUGGCACCAGCUGGAGUUCAGCAUCGAGGACGUCCUGAGACCCCGGGCCAGCAGGGGGCAGCGCUCGGUACGCCGCAGCCUCCGGAACCACAGUAGCCAGGAGGCGGCGGGGAUGGGAGCCGGCCUGGCCUGGGUGCCCCACACGUCCCCUGACUCCCUCAGGGCCAUACGCAGGAAGACCAGGGGCCGGCGCGGCUCAGCCACCCUCCUGCAGCCUCCCCUGCCACAGGAGCUGGACCCUGGGAGGACGGAGGAGCCAGAACCAGCCCACUGACGUGGGGGAAACCCAGAAAGGUGGACCCAGAACACUGUUUAAAAGUCUUUGACCUUGGUUAAAAGGUCACUGGACAUGAGGUCGUUGGGUUUAAGGGGAGUUUGGCCCCUUUUUGGGAGGGGCGGGUUGAACGAAGUUUCUUGUUUUGUUAAAUGAGUUUAAAAAACCCUGAUUUUAUGUGAUGGAUCUGCAGUGAUUUCAUGUUGGAUUUGUACAGUUUCACCUGUGAAUGCUGUCUCCAUUAAA